AUCAUUGAUCCAUAGCACCCGAGCUAUCAACCUACUGUAGUGUUGGAGGUUAGAGAGAUAGUGGUUCAGUGACUGACCGACGCUAUGAAAAUGCUUAGACCUUAAAGCGUCAUAUCUCAUAUGACAAGCUCGUCCUCUGUCUUGCAGUAAGAAUGAAAGCGAUGUCUGAAUCAAGUUUAACUAGCAGACCUGCCAAUGAAAGAGCAGCUCUAGUUGCUAGCCAGGGCUCUCUGUCGUAUACGGAAGAAGCAAACAAUGAUUUGCCGAGUCCGGACCCAUCGACCGUCACUAACCAGCUACAAGGAGAGGAGCUUGAUUUCACAGAGGAGUCAAUACUAUCCCAGUUCCAUGAAGACGCAAUCAGACAGGCUGAUUUUGGGAGUUAUCAAUGGUUGGCCAUGGUAACUAUAGGUCUUGGCUUAUCAGCAGACAGUAUCGGAAUAUUUUCCAUCCCUUACUUGCAACCAAACAUUGAGGUGGACUUGUGCUCAAGACCUGCUGAGAAAGGAUGGAUUUGUGAAAUUACUUUUCUUGGAAUGGUAGUUGGAUCACUAAUAUGGGGCAGCUUGGGAGAUCACAUGGGUCGUAAAUGCAUUCUUAUAUCUGCAUUAUCAGUGAACUUUCUAUUCAACACCAUUGCCGCAUUCAUGCCAACAUAUAAAUCAUUCAUCACUGCUCGAUUUUGUAGUGCCAUUGGAAUCGGAGGAAUCUAUCCUUUAGCAAUGAUUUAUAUAUCUGAAUUCCUUCCUCGAUCAUCAAGGGGAAAAUUUAUGAUUUGGCAUCUCAUAUCUUGGUUACUGGGAGGAUGCUAUAUUUUAUUAUUAGCUCAUAUAUUUCUUCCAAAAACAGGCAUGGAUAUGAUUAUUGAAAGUAGACAACAUGUAGGGGCUUGGCGACAAUUUAUAUUGUUGUGUGGUAUCCCUUCUAUACCAGCAAUAAUAAAACUCGUAUUCCUGGCCGAGUCUCCAAGGUAUCUUCUUGAAUCUGGUCGAGAUGUUGAAGCAAUGAUGGUCUAUCAGAAAAUCUUUCAGAGGAAUUCAAAAAAAGGUCAGUAUCAGCUGUCAGAAAUAGAGCUUCCAGGUCCUACUCAGAGCUCCAACAGGAGUCAUUCAUUCAUUUCUGAGAUUUCAGCUGCUCGUUCUUGCAGGAACAGCUUCCUCCAGCUGUUCAUUACACCACAUUUGAAAGUUACUAUUCUACUUCUGAUCUUCUGGUUCUUGACUGGAUUUAGCUAUUAUGGUCUCACAAAUUGGUUUCCUGGAAAGAUGCAGUUGACAUUGUUGGAUGACAUCAAUAAAAAUGCAGUCAACACCUCGCUUGCCAUGUACAAUGCUACCAAUUUCUAUGUGAAUCUCCAGAACAGACAUUGGAGUAACAGUGUAUUUGUGGAUUGCCAUUUCUCAAACAUUCUUCUCACUGACGUAACAUUUGACAAUUGCACAUUUGAACGGGUAGCGUUCACAAAUAUCACCAGCAUUGGAGCUUUCUUCAUGAAAUCAUCAUUUGUUAAUUCCAGAUUCUUGGAUACAGACAUCACAAGAGAAAACUUUCUAGAGUCUUAUCUGUUUAACACCUCAAUACUGUCGAAUAGAAAAUUCUGCAAAAAUAGUUUCAGCAUCAAUAUAGAUUUGAGCAUUCUUUUUCAAGAAAAUGGAACUAGAUUGAUUGGAAAUUUUGCGAUGGUAAUAAUUACUGGUCUAUUUAUUGGCCAAAUCAGUAGAACACGGAUCAUAGGGAUUGCAAUGCUAUUGAGUAGUGUUGGGUGUUUGGCUAUGUGGAUUCUCCAAACUCAAAUUCCCGUUUUGAUGUACAAUCCAGUAAUAAUGUGUGGACUAAUCGUGGCAUGGAGUUGCGCCAAUAUAGCUGUAAUAGAGUCCUAUCCAACCAAUUUGAGGUCUUCCGGGUUUUGUUUGAUGAUGUUCGUUUGCCGGUCAGCUGGAUUAUUGGGCGUGUCUGUGUAUCACCACUUUCUCUCUCUCACAAAUUCGAUUAUGAUAUUUUCAACAAUAGCAGUUUUGAUGACGGCGGCAGUAUCAGCUCUCAAACUCCCCAACACUCAGACCACUCUUCUCUAAGAAGUAUCAAUUCCAGCAGAACGCACUAUCUUUGGCAUUCACACUCUUGUACAGUACAAAAAUAAAAUUCAUGCGAUCAGCA